AUGGACGAGGUAAUAGAUGUUCGUUUUAAGGAAUUGCUUCUAGCAAAGAAGGCCAGUGAUGCAAAGUCGGUACUGAUGCUGAAAGAGGAAUAUUUCCAAUUUAUAUUUGAGUUGAAGGAAGCUUGUUCGGCCAAGUUAAAAACUGGUAGACAGUACUACAUUCUAUCGCGGUACGAAAUAUUCCAAUGUGGUGAUGUGGAGAAGUUAAUUUGUAAACGUGCCAAAUUGACAGAGGAACCAAUAUACUUUGUCAAUCUUGAUGCUAUGUAUGGCAUCAUUAAGCGUGCUCACAUUUCAACUGGACAUGGUGGUCGUGACAAAGUGGUUAAGUUUUUGUCUAGAUAUGCGAACAUUACGAGGGAAAGCAUUGAACUAUUCAAGUCUCUUUGCAUUGAGUGUCAGAAAAAACAUGCUACAACAAAGGGGGUUGUCGUGAGACUGAUAUUAUCAAAGGAUUUUGGAUCGCGAGGGCAAGUGGAUCUAAUUGAUAUGCAAUCCAUGACAAAGGCACCACACAAGUGGAUUAUGGUCGCUGGAUCACUCUCCUAG